GCAUUUGGGACAUUAGGUUUUCUCUUUUCAAAGUCUGUCUUCAUUUUGUUGCUUCUGCAAGAUUAAUGGAGUUGCUAUAGAUUCAUUCGUCCUAGCUUAGAUUGUCAUCGAUCAGUGCAAUUUUGGGUUAGUGUAAAACUGUUCAGUUUUGUAUACAGAAUAAAGUGCACCUCUGGUUGAUUACAGACUGAGAAUGCCCUUCUGAUAUUGUGUUUGUCCAUCGUCAAUCAAAUUAUUGGUGAUAGAAACUUACAAUUCGACUAUGGGAAAGAAGAAAAGGCAGAGUCAAAACUCCAACAGUGCAGUGGUGGAUUCUACAGAGUCUGAAACCAGCAUAGACUCGACACAGGCAGCUGAUGGAAAUGAAGUACUGUGUCCUCAUGCAUCUAAAGCUGUAAAUUUACGUCUAGUGAAGAAAAGUGUAAAAGGCAACAAAGAUAAGAAUGCUCUCAAAUGUUGUUUAACUUGUAAGAAGAACAAAUCAGAACUGUGCAAGGAUUGUUGGGUGUGCCUGUUUUGUGGUGCCUGCAAUUGUGGCCCAGAGGUGGAGGAUCACCGCCAGGACCACUUCAAGUGCCCACGGUCUGACAUCCACUACCUGGUUUACCAAACCAACACAAGCCUGGUUUGUUGUUUGAAAUGCCAAAAGGAACUACCGAACGAUGUCAAUAAAAAUGUGCAAAGUUGUGUUGACAUUUUAAAGAAGCAUUACGAUCCUUUCGGCCCUCCAGAAAUGGAGAUUUCAGAUGGUAAAAUGGUCAAUGGAAUGGAUUCUGCUAGUUUCUUAAAAAAUGAGUCGCCCACUUCACAACUUUUUAGAAAUGCUUCGCCCAAUAAAGAUACCAAACCUAUUAUGGAGUUGCCUAAGGUCAGGGGGUUGAUGAAUCUGGGGAACACCUGUUUUUUCAACUCGGUGCUGCAGUGCCUGGCACAGACACCAGGACUGGUUGAGCUGUUGCGAGAGAUGGACGUGCCCGGAGAACGAUUCAGUUUAGAGCUCGAUGACGUUACCAUUAGUGGGGUGUUGGAGAAGCAUAAGUCAUCUGAACUCAGUGAACAUCUCGCCCAGAUACUUACAGAGGUGUCAGGUGUGGCGGGGGUGGAGACGGGGGAUUCUAUGAAAGGUCACUUUUCUGUCAAUCCUCGCCGACUGCUGGAUUCUUUGACGUCCCGCUGUCCUCAGUUUGAGGGAGGUGACCAGCACGAUGCUCAUGAGCUCUUGAGACAUCUGUUGGACUCUGUGCAUACGGAAGACUUGAGAAGGUAUCAGAAAGCGAUUUUGAAUCACAUUGGAUACAAAAAGGAUCUAGAUGAGCUGGAGGAGGACAAGAAGACAUUUGGAAAAAAGCUUAACCAGAAGGUGUGCGAGACGAUUGCUAUUAGGCCUGAUCAGAUUUUUAAGGGCUCCUUAGUCAGCAUCCUUCAGUGUGAGGUGUGCAGGCAUGUCUCUAAGCGUGAUGAACCCUUCUUGGAUCUUAGCCUCCCUGUGGCACAAGAUAAGCCUCAGCCACCAGGAGCCAAGAGGAAACAGAAUUGCAACAGUCCUGUGGAGGAGGAGCAGAAUGUGGAGGUGGUCAUGUCCAAGCAUCAGAUGAAAAAAGAGAGGAAAGCUGCACGGCGGGGAGGCAAAGGGAAAUGGAGUGGACACAAGAAAGAUGAAAGUCAAGGAGAGCCCACCAUUGAAGAGGAAGAUAAGAAGGAUUCCUUGAAUGGAGAGCAGAGUGAUGCGGAUGUAGAAGACAAUGAAGAUAAUGGGUAUGAGGAUCAGGACCACAAGACUGAGAUAGGGGAGUCUGGGUACUGCUCAGAGAAGCAAAUGUCAGCCAGAGGAAGUCCUGUGACCACUCAGAGUCCGGAAGAGGAGGUAAAACCUAGAGACCAAGACUUCCUGGAAUACCAUACCUGCCAGCCCAACCCUGAAGCCCCAAAUUUCCUAGCAAACAGAGCUGAAUCUGGGCUAGGCUCCAUUCAGGAGCUGACUGUAACAAUACCAGAGGAAGUCAAUACGGAGUGCACAAGUCAAGAUUCGGUCAAAGUCAAUGCCAGCAAUGGUUCUUCAGAUAGUCAACACGGGAACUUCAGAAAUGUUGAUUCUUUAUUGCCUGAAAUGCAUCCACCCAAUGAUGACAGUAUAGAUCGCAGGGCCAGGAUCUUUGAAUGGGAUUGUACUGAGGGUCAAAGUCAAGACAGCAGCUAUGUGAAUUUGUCUCUCAGUCAAUACGGAUCAGAGAUUACCAUCUCACCCAAGUGUUCACCGAAGGGCAGUCCUGUUUCAGGAUCUCACAGCAAUGACAAUAUGUCGGUGUGUACCAGUUUACCUCACAGCAAUGACAACAUGUCUACAUGCAACAGUCUUCCAGAAAAUGUCUCGUUACUCUUGAACAGUCCAGUCAAAGGCCAACUUUCCCAGAGGGAAGAGGCCAGUGGAUCAGAAGAGAGACCUGAGUCCAGAAUGGACUGUCAGAAGAACAGAAGCAGUCCUGUGGAUUUGACGGAUCCAACAGAAUUGAACCCAGGACUCCUUAAGCUCUCAUUGGAAGAAGUGACUCGUUGUGCAAGAGAAACUGAAGAUACAGACGGAGUCGAAGAAGCAAUAAAUUUCACCUCAGUUUUGGACAGUAAACCGGCUGAGCCGGUUGUGAAUGAUGAUCCGAAUGGAUUUGUCUUAGUGGGAGGGGUGACGACGACAACACCAACAACUAGCAAGAGUCCAACACCACUUCCCCCUCCCCUCCCACUAUUCACAACUUCGUAUUCAUUCACCCACUCUGAACCGAAUCCUCAGAGAAAUUCUAGUUCGUACCUCAGGAAUAAGGUAGAAGAUGGGGAGUUUUCUCUCAAAUCAUGUUUGAACCAGUUCACCACUAUCGAAUUAUUGGCUGGUGGCAACAAAGUGGGCUGUGACGCUUGUACAGAGAAAAUCAAUAAAGGAAACAAAGAAGGCAAGACAGUGUAUCAAGUCUCCACAAAGCAAUUAUUGAUAGCUAAAUUACCACCAGUUAUGAUAUUUCAUUUAAAGAGGUUUCAAGUUCAGAGAUUUGCAUUUCGUAAGAUCGUCCGCCAUGUAGAUUUUCCCCUUGUAUUGGACAUUUCUCCAUACUGCUCUGUUAAUACGGGUCCAAUUUUGUACUCUCUUUAUGCAGUCGUAGAACACAUGGGUACUCUGCAUGGGGGACAUUAUGUUGCCUACGUUAAGGUGCGAUCACACAAAGAACAACAGCCCGGUUGUCCUCCCCCUGGAAAGUGGUAUAAUAUCAGUGACUCACGAGUCAGGGACGUCGAUGAGAGCACUGUUCUUAAAACACAAGCUUACCUACUCUUCUACGAACGGAUUCUAUAGCUUUAAUCUAUUUAUUAUUUGUACAUUUUUAAUCUUUUUGUAUACAUGUACCUUAUUGUUUAGUGGAUAUAUUUGUAUUAUAAACGAAGAGUCAUUAUAAAUGAUACCCCAGAAAUGAUAAUUUUAUUGGUUCUUUACGGCUAAGCCCUUUAAACAUUAGUUGAAAUAUGUAUUUUAUGUUAAAAGACUUUGUUAGAAAUUCCAAAACAUUUUUGGGCAGAUAAAUUUAUUGUUGCACUGUUUAUUGUUUACAUUAUUUUAUGGAAUAAUUUUUACCGGAUUAUUUUAUUUUCAGGUACUGCUAAGAGUAGAUUUGCAAUAUUUAUUGUUUUGUACAUAUUUUUGCUCUUUUUAAGGUUUAAUUUAUUUUUUAAUUUGCAAUAAUGAGGUCUCAUGUGCUAAUCAUCAGAAUUUAGUAUGUAAGUAGUUUGUUAAAAUUUAUGAGUUAAGUUGUAUUUUAUUGAAUUAAUAUUAAAUUGGUAUCUUUUACUUGUUUUGAAAUUAUUUGAGGUGGUAAUUGGAAAAUUCUACUGAUAUUUUGUUAUUGGGUUGUUAUGAGCUUGUUAUGUUUGAUUGUGCAUGUCUCGCUCAUCUGUUAGCAUUUUAGUAAUAUAAUAAGACUGAUACCUCUAGACUACGAGUCAGUGUACAGUAUGUUAGUGUAGUUCAUGUCGUGACUCUUCCUUCUCUAUUUGGUUUCUCGGUGACACGGUUUUAUAUUCGCCAAAUUAUAAUAAACGUCUUGGCUUAAAACACUGUGGAAUCUAGAGCCAUCUAAAAAUUCUCUAGACGUCAUUACAUUUGUGUGAAACUUUAUUUUUAUUUAUAAUGUUUUGUUACUGAUUCAAAUGAACGUUAUAUGCAAACAUAAAAUGCCAAAAUAAAACAAAUGCAAUGUAACGAGAGAUGAUACAAAAGUUUUACAAAAAAGAGAAUUUGUAACAUGUUUCACGAUCGUUGUACAAAAUAAGUUAGUUUGGGAACAUUAAAUAGCCAAGCACUCAUUACAAACCUGUUACUUGUAGGUUGAAGAAGUUCCUGAAAGAAUUACUGAUAUUUAUUUCCCCUAUGAAAGUGUUGUUUCUUCAUAGUUACAACCAAAUAAUCAGUUUCAUUUUAGUUGUUUUCUAGUAUCUACCAUAAUAAGCGAACUCAAGGAUUAUUUCAUAUAUUAAAAUAAUUUCAGUUAUUCAAUAAAUUAUUAUUUUGUAAUUCUUA